UCAAGGCAUUAUCGUGUUGGUUAAACUUAAGUACGCACGCGUUUUUCCAACUUGCUCUCAAUAACUGUGUAACUAAUUAAUAUUUACAACUGAAGUAAAUAAUUAUGUGAACUUAUUUCGGAGUGAAUGCUGUGUCGUGACAUGAAUUUUGUAUCCAAAUAAAAAUUAAAAAAAAAAAAAAAAAAAAAAAAAAAAAAAAAAAAAUAGAGUUAAGGUGAAGCAGAGCUUAAAUAGUAUUUUAUCCGUGUGAUGACAGAAAUAAGUAGUGCAGGAAUGGUGACUUAUUACAAUCACAUAACGAUGUACCGGCAGCAACAGCAACAGGCUGGUAUGCAUCAGCAACAUCUGACCAGUCAGCAGCAGCAACAAGCUGCUGCUACCGCUGCUGCUGUCGUGGCUGGAGCUGCUGCUGCUGCAGCAGCUGAAGGGUCACAGCAAUACUGGUACAGUUACCCCCAUGGACACCCGUCCUCUGGGUCAUCUCACCAGUCAUCACCUGGAAGCCAGCACCAGUACUUGGACCAUCUAUCCAGCGCUUCCGGUGAUGUUCUCGGCUGCUCUUGGCCACCUCAUGCCCAUCCGUAUUCCCAUCAUAUUCCGUACCAGCAGCAGCUCUAUCACCAUCAGAAUCAACAGAGUCCGAUGACGAGCACUCCCACUCCCACUGACUGGAGUAUGAGCAAAAACCAUAAUAACAAUAACAAUAACAAUAGUAAUAAUAACAACAACAAUAAUAAUAAUAAUAAUAAUAAUAAUAAUAAUAGUAAUAAUAACAAUAGUGGAUUAGCUAAUGGCGAACCCAGUCCGCCGAUUACCAUAAGUGGCAGUGAAAUAAGUAGCCCUGGAACACCAGCUUCGCCUAAUAUUAGUAAUCUAAAUGCGACGAAUAACACUAACACGAGUAGUAGUGCAUCUACGACACCAGUAAGACCAGCCCCGGUUCGUAGCCCGUUUGAGUGGAUGAAGAAAACUUCGUAUAUUCAUGGCCAAAACCCUGGUAAAACUCGAACGAAAGACAAAUAUCGAGUGGUUUACACGGAUCAUCAGCGAUUAGAGUUGGAAAAAGAGUUUCACUUCAGCAGAUAUAUAACAAUAAGACGCAAAGCUGAGCUUGCUACGCACUUGGCUCUGUCAGAAAGGCAGGUGAAAAUUUGGUUUCAAAAUCGCCGCGCCAAGGAACGUAAACAAGUUAAGAAGCGUGAAGAACUUGAACAAAAAGACAUAAAGCCGAACAUUAUACAUCAAGAAGGAUUGCAAACACCCGGCGGAAUGGUCGCUCUUUCAGCUUUGAGUGGGAUGACCGGGAUGCUGAGUGGUCUGAUGCACAAUGGAAACUCACCGCCUCUAAAUCUUGGCCCUCAGGCGCACAGUCUAGGUCUAAGUCAUCCAAAUUCGUCUAUUCAUUCACAUGCACACCAGCACGUCUAUCCCCAUUCUGUUCUUGGAUUGUGACAAGAAAACAAUCUCGGCACUGCCGAGCCCUGGUCUACCCCCAAUUGGUCUGGAUAAUUAUAAUUAUUGUCACUAGUAUUUAUUUUAAUUCAUGUAUUUGUUUUUUUUUUUUUUUUUUAUUGUUUUGAGUUUUGUUUGAAAAAACAGUUUUUUUUUUAUCAAUACUUUUUGAAUUUUUAAAGAGUUGCAGAUGCUUAAUUUUGAAAACUUAAGUAUAAAAUGAGAGGGAAAAAAAAAAUAUAUUAUGAAAUUUUUAUUUUUCUUUUCGCUUUAUCAUUUUGUAGCGUUUUUUCCUUUUGUUUUUUGAAAUUAAGCACAAAUGUUUGAAACUCUUAAGAUUAAAAUUCACUAGUGAGCUGCAUCAAUAAUAAAGAUCAUUUUAUGCAAAGAGUAUUAUAAUAUUAUUUGACAUUUAUUAACUAUUAUUAACGUUAAUUAAUCGCGUUGCUGGUGUCAUGGCGUAGAAAAUUUUUUUAUUUUUUAUCUAAUUGUAGAAAAAUACAAAUUUGAAUUUUGAACUUUUUUACGCGCUCUUAUGGCUUCUAGGGCUGCUACCGGGAGCCAUAAGGAGGACUAAAUUUUUUUUUGGAACACCCGUAACGUGACAUAUUAUUUCAAUUGUAUAUUAAAUAUUUUAAGUAUAUGUUUUUAUUAACGUUUUAUAUCAUUAUAAAAGUUUUAAUAAAUCUUAUUAUUAUAAUUAUUUUAUUUAAUA